AAGCCGCUGAGUCGGGGGCCGGCGCCGGGAGCCCAGCUGGGGAUCAUGGAGGCUCCAGGCGGCGCUUGAAGACGCGCGCGAAAUGGAGGCAAAGAACCUGCUUGAACUGUGUCAUAAGUUCUAUAAUGGAUUAUGGGAUUGUGCGCUGAUGAGCCAGCAAAUGGAAUGCCUGAGUGACUGAAGAAAAUGGGUGCUAAUGCUUCAAACUACCCUCAUUCGUGUUCCCCAAGGGUAGGGGGGAAUUCUCAGGCGCAACAGACAUUCAUAGGAACAUCAUCUUAUUCCCACCAAGGCUAUGGCUGUGAAUCCAAACUGUAUAGUCUUGACCAUGGCCAUGAGAAACCUCAAGACAAGAAAAAGAAAAGUUCUGGCCUUGCCACCCUCAAAAAGAAAUUUAUUAAGCGCCGCAAGUCUAGCCGGUCUGCUGAUCAUGCCAAGCAGAUGCGUGAGCUCCUCUCAGGCUGGGAUGUUAGAGACGUCAAUGCGUUAGUAGAAGAGUAUGAAGGAACUUCAGCCUUAAAAGAGCUUUCUCUACAAGCUAGUUUGGCGAGGCCAGAAGCCAGAACGCUGCAGAAAGAUAUGGCUGAAUUGUAUGAGUUUAAAUACUGUACGGAUGUAGAUCUGAUAUUUCAAGAGACGUGUUUCCCUGUGCAUCGUGCAAUUUUGGCUGCAAGGUGCCCAUUUUUUAAGACCCUGCUUUCUUCUUCGCCAGAAUAUGGUGCAGAGAUUAUAAUGGAUAUCAACACAGCUGGCAUAGACCUGCCCAUGUUUUCUGCUUUGUUACACUACCUGUACACAGGAGAAUUUGGAAUGGAGGACUCAAGAUUUCAGAACGUUGACAUCCUCAUGCAGCUUAGUGAGGAAUUUGGAACACCAAAUUCUUUAGAUGUUGAUAUGCGAGGGCUAUUAGAUUACAUGUGUUACUGUGACGUAGUUCUCAGCUUUUCGUCCGAUUCUGAAUUGGUUGAAGCUUAUGGUGGAAGUCAGAGCUGCUUAGAUGAGGAGCUCAGAGCGCACAAAGCUAUAAUUUCAUCACGGUCCCCAUUUUUUCGCCAUCUGCUGCAACGGAGAAUACGGACUGGUGAAGAAAUUACAGAUCGAACGCUAAGGACUCCAACGAGGAUUAUACUGGAUGAAUCUAUCAUACCAAAAAAAUAUGUGAGAGUGAUUUUAAACUGUAUGUAUACAGAUUUGGUGGACCUCUCUAUUUUGCACAGUAGUCCCUCAGUGGGGAGUCUAAGCGAAGUUCAGGCUCUUGUAGCAGGAAAGCCAAACAUGACAAGGGCUGAAGAAGCUAUGGAACUUUAUCACAUAGCACUCUUCUUGGAGUUUAAUAUGCUUGCGCAAGGCUGUGAGGAUAUUAUUGCUGAAAGCAUCUCACUAGACACCUUAAUUGCCAUUCUCAAGUGGAGUUCUCAGCCGUAUGGCUCCAAGUGGGUACACCGCCAAGCACUGCAUUUCCUCUGUGAGGAGUUUACCCAGGUCAUGACUUCAGACGUCUUUUAUGAACUCGGCAAAGACCACCUGCAGACAGCUAUCCAGUCUGACUACUUACAGGCGAGCGAGCAAGACGUCCUGAAGUACCUUGUUAAAUGGGGCGAACACCAGUUGAUGAAAAGAAUUGCAGACCGAGAGCCUAACUUGCUGAGUGGCACAGCUCACAGUGUGAACAAACGAGGUGUAAAGAGGCGAGAUCUUGACAUUGAGGAACUAAAAGAAAUCCUUUCUCCUCUCCUACCAUUUGUCCGCAUUGAACAUAUUUUGCCUAUGAACAGUGAAGUGCUGACUGAUUCUAUGAAGAGAGGUCUCAUAAGUACUCCUCCUUCGGACAUGCUGCCGACAGCAGAGGGUGGAAAGUCAAAUGCGUGGCUGCGACAAAAGAAUGCAGGAAUUUAUGUGAGGCCAAGGCUCUUUUCACCGUAUGUGGAGGAAGCUAAGUCGGUUCUUGAUGAAAUGAUGGUUGAACAGACUGAUCUGGUUCGUUUACGGAUGGUUAGAAUGUCCAAUGUACCAGAUACUCUCUACAUGGUAAACAAUGCAGUUCCACAGUGCUGCCAUAUGAUAAGUCACCAGCAAAUAAGCAGUAAUCAAUCCAGUCCUCCUUCAGUUGUAGCCAAUGAAAUCCCAGUUCCUCGGCUGUGUGUUGUUAAAGAGAUGGUCAAACGUCUGCAGGAGCUCCGCCAUACUGAGCAGGUGCAAAGAGCUUACGCUCUUAACUGUGGAGAAGGAGCCACUGUCAGUUACGAGAUUCAGAUCCGUGUGUUGAGGGAAUUUGGACUUUCUGAUUCCGCUGCUGAGCUCUUGCAGAAUCCUCACAAGUUCUUUCCUGACGAGCACUUUGGGGAUGAAAGCCCGCUUUUGACCCUGAGACAGUCAGGGCGGUGCCGUGUGAACAGCACACCCACCGCUGAAACCAUGUUUACAGAACUCGACUCUUUUGUGGCCUUCCAUCCACCACUGCCCCCUCCUCCGCCUCCUUACCACCCGCCAGCUACUCCGAUCCACAAUCAGUUCAAAGUCGGGUGGAAGCAAAGGGCGCAGAGCCAGCAUCCCUCCCGUUCCUUUUCUUACCCCUGUAACCAUUCACUGUUUCAUGCCAGAGCAGCACCUAAAGCUGCACCGCCCAUGUACUCUUCUGGUGUCAAAGCCACACCUCCCGAUUGCACUAAGACAACAGGACUGGGAAGGCAAACAGUUGCAGCAGCAGCGGCUGUGAUGGCUGCUGAAAAGCAAGUGGGUACUCAACCUGUGCUCAAUGAGCUGAUGCCAGAUAUUGCUAUGGGUGUGUCGACAAUGUCUCUCAAGGACAGGAGGCUGCCAGAGCUCACUGUUGACACAGAACUGAGCCAGCCUGUUUUAGAGGUUGGGCCAGGACCACCUCAACACCUUUCAUGCAUUCAGACAAGGCACAUACACAGUUCCCGGAAAAAACAUUCAGUUGAACAAAAAUUGGAUACUAGAGAGAAUCAACAGGAAUAUCCCGAUUUCUAUGACUUCUCCAGUGCUGCAUGCAGACCUUCUACUCCUGCCCCUAGCAGGCACACUCCUUCACCUUCUCAAGGUAUCUAUUUUGGCCCAGAUUUGUAUAGCCACAAUAAAGCAACGCCCAGCGGCUUAAAGGCCACCCAUUUAACUAAUCACAUCUCUCCUAAAAAGCUAGAAGACUCUCGGCGAGAGUAUGCACUUUCUCAAGAAGGGCAUCCAUACAGACAAAAGAAUGAACCUCUACACCUCGAUGUCUUAGAACAACCUCCACAGCGGUUGGACUUGGCAUUGGCUGCCCAAGAAAACACCGGGAAUGUCUCAGUUCAUGCAAGAGGACGAACAAAAAUAGAAACUGACUUAACCUAUGGGCUAACCUCAAGCCGACCUUCUCUGCCCCCCGCAUACAGCUCAGAGAUCCACGAAGAGCAAUCCAGCCGAAGAUUGGCAGACAUUGAGCCCCUGGAGCAUGAAACACAGAGAAAUGCAGAUUUGGAAAGGGAAGAGGCAGUAAGCAGAGGAAGGCGGUCUCCAAGCAAACCAGACUUCCUUUACAAAAAAUCUGCCCUCUGAAAACCACCUCCACUUUUUCUCUGUGCCUAAGAGUAGUGAAAUAUCCAGUCUUUGCCAUCCUUGGCCUGACAUUUGUUGGGCAAGCUCAUUUAAAUGCCAGCCGCUACAUCAUUUUUUUAAUUUUUGUUUUUUUGUAUAUACAUGGCUUCAUUAGAGAUGGCAUGCUACCAGUUUAUUUGGAAUGCUGCUUCCGGGGUCUGUGAUCUGAACAGAUUUUGCUAAGCCUCUUUAAAAAAAAAACAUUUUAGUUGGCACCUUAAAACAAGGUAGCCUUUUGCACCUGUACAUUAAUUUUAUUAGUUUUUGUAUUAGUAUGUUAAACUUUUGCUGUCAUUAUUUUAAAGGACUGUUUGUUCAUUCUCUUCUGGGUGGCUUUUUUAAAAAAAGAAAUCUUUCACCUCCUGGUUUCCUGUGUGCAUUGGGCUGCACACUUGAGAUGUAUUUUCUUAUAAGAUGGUGACAAUGUCUGUCUUUAUUUUUGAAUGACUAUAGGAAUUCCAAAGAACAGCACAUUUAAGUAACUGCUCUGGCUAGGUCUGAAGCCUUCCUGGUCUACCACUAGUGCAAGAAUCCAGCCUAAUUUGUAUGCUGUUUACCAAGCCCAUGGCAGCUGGCCUUCAUAUUGAUGUAGCAAGCACUCACUAAUGUUUGUGGCUGGGAUUUUCUGUGGAAGUAAGGAGUUCCUUGAGAUCUCCCUUUUAUCUUUUCUUUUUCAGCAUCGUACCUCCAAGAAGCACUUACUCAACCCCCUUGGUUAGUAUAUAAUACUGCAAAUUGUGACAGUAUUGUAAACUCUCAUCAAGUUUUCCUUUUAUAAGGAAUAUGCAGAUGGAAAGGUUUCAUACCAAGCCCAAGAGGGUGGGAAGAGGCUGCUUAAUAUCUGACAUUGGUGUUAAUGCUCUAUGUUGUUAGAGGAGGCUGCCUCUCCAAACGGUAGCACUGAGAGGAAUGCUUAUUGCCUUCUUUGUUCUGCCUCUAAGAAACCAAGGGCUUCGGUCUUAGUGAUGUCACUGAGUGCUCCUUGACACUCUUAAAUCUCUUGCUUUGUGGACAGAAAUUGAAGAAUAUCAGUUCUAGCUUAAUUAACUGCAAGCAAUUUAGCACUUAAUUUCUUCAUCCCAACCUCUUGAAUGUGUUUGUUUUUGUCUUUUGGUUUUUAAAGAUGGUGGGGACACCAUGGUUUUAUGAACACAAAGUAGAGACACAGGGCUGACCGUUUAGUCAUGUUUUUUGCCACUAACAAUGGCCAUUUCAGCAGUCAGCAGUUGAAAGUACUGGAAAAGUUCCAAUACCACUGUGUGGUAGUUCAUAAUGAAGGCCUGACUUGAUAAUGGUGGUCAGCUCCAAAAUAUAGCUCUUCCAUCACCUUGAACACCUCAGUCAGAAAAUUUACUAACCUUAAAUCUGACUGUUUUUAGAUACUUGACACUGUUGAAAUGUAGACUUUGUUUCAAUGUUUAAUCACACUUUUGUUCUCAACUCUUAAAAAAAAGCAUCACCUCCUACCUUGUCCUUGCCUCCAAUCUCCUUGAGGGGAAAAACACUGUUAAAGAAAACAGACAUUCUGGAGCAGUGGUGUGUGUGUGUGUGUGUGUGUGUGUGAGAGAGAGAGAGAGAGAGAGAGAGAGAGAGAGAGAAAGAGAAUGAACUUUUACAUUACGUUAACUUUACUACACUUCAAGUAUGGUCUUGCAUCUUUAAAAAGUGUCAAACCUCUCAUCCUAUGCCUUUUACAAUACGUUUUGGGUAUAUAGUGGAACUAAAUGGUAUGAUUGCUCUGAUAGUGGUUUAAAAACGUAGUGCCAUUUGCCAAAUAUCUGGUUUUUGUUGUCUUGCUGGCAGGGAAGGCGGGUUGCAGUUUAAGCCCAUUCAACAAGGCUAUGCUCCAUCAAACUCAAUUCAAUGUUCUUUGAAUUGGCUGCCUGGUUUCCCUUUUAAAAAAAACUAAACUAUUUUGGCCACAAGUAAACAUGGGAAUCCAUAAUGUCAUCUUGUCCAAUAUUUUUCAGCUAUCUUUCAUAGUAUAAAAUAGUCUUCACCAACAUGAUGUCCUCGAGAUGGUUUGGACUACAACUCCCAUAAUCACUGGCCAUGCUGCCUCUGGCUGAUGGGAGUUGCAGUCCAAAACAUUUGGAGGGCACCAUGUUGGUGAAGGUUGGUAAAGGAGAAUUUGGUAUAAUUCUUUGAUGUUGGCUUCGCCAUGUAGAGAACCUAGGGUAGGACUCUCUUUGUUCUAAUAGGUCCCUCGUACUUAGGCACACUGCUUUUAAACCCACUGUCCCAAACAAGAACCCACAUGCCUGUAUUCCAGAUUAAAAAUGUUCUGCUAUUUCAAGUAGUUCAUUUUGUCCAUCACUAAACAGAGCCAAUUUACUUGGCAGGUUGGUAGUGAAACAGGAUAGGCUCUGUGCCUGAGAUUUGAGGGGGCAAAUUCUCAAUCUCAAUAGUGGCUCUAGAGUUGGUUGAAGUAAUCCAUUGGGAUUUAGUUUGCAUAUGGUUUUCACUGUGGAAUAGCUUUUAUAUGCAUAUUGGUUCCCAGAAAACAAAAUUGCAGCUUUUGAAGUCAAGUAAGUUGCCAUUUCACAGCACAGCAUUGUAGAUGAAAGCCAAUUCUGUAAGGGACAGAAGUUUAUAGUAGGUCUUUGUAAACCGCCCAGAGAGCUUUGGCUAUGGGGCAGUACAUAAAUGUAAUAAUAAAUAGUAAAGACUAUCAGGCCACUUAGACAAUUUAAACUAAAUUUGCAAGGGGAUGCAAAAAUGCUUGAGAGAGAAAAAUUGAGGCAGCAAGGAACUGACUUCUGGAUUUUUUCCUCUAGGGCUUUGACUAAGCAUUGCAUUUUCUUCUAAGGUGUCAAUAACACACUAACUGCUAAUAAGAUUCUUUGGUUUGUUAAACCUGAUCCUCUUCCCCAGCAUCUAUAUGUUGGGUUCGAUCAGAGCGGUGCAGCCAUAGCAGCACCACUAGGUAGCUCAUUUACUGACCCUACAUGCAGGAUGUCAUCCCAUGCUCCUCUUGUCCUUCCACAAGAAAAGGCAUCUUUAUUUUGUCUUGUUAUUGAUAUCAGUAUGUGUUUGCAAACAGCAUAUGAGUAAGAGGCAAAUUACAACCUAGCUUAUUUACCCAUGGCCCACUAGCAUCAAAGGGAUGCAGCUAUUUUGUCAAGGGGCUAAUUUGGCCUACGAUCAGAUUGAUCAAACAUGACUUGUGCCAUAAUUGAAAUUACAUUUACAUUCUGCUGGACAGAUGAUUUACUCAGAGCUUCAAUUACUCAGUCCUUUUGUCCUCCAAAAAGCAGGACUCGUGAAGCAACAAGCAAGGCCCAAUUUUGUAGUAAUCAACAGCUAUGUUGUAUGUUUGGUAUUUUCAAUGCACAGUACAGUUUUAGGAGCUUAAAAAAUAAUCCUUUUGUUUGCAUGAAGCACUUUUGAAUAAAUUGUUGGAAAUUCCACGUAUUAAGAAACCAUACAGCUGUGGCUUUGAAAGAGAAAUAAUUGCUUUCGGAACAAUUGGUAUACGAUGAAAGACGUUGCAGUAUGGAAACUCAAAACUAUAAUCUUGGCUAAUUUUGCUGGAACAGUACAGAAUUUUGUCCAAAACUGGUUUGGUAUGCAUCCUGCUAAGGAAAAAUAUCUGUGUUCUACCCUGUGGCUGGGAUUCAGAGUGAUGUGAUUGUGCAAUGUGUUUCCAUGCAGUGUGUGUGUGUGUGUGAGAGAGAGAGAGAGAGAGAGAGAUUUGUUACUAGCAGAAGUGCAAAGGGCUGCUGCUCCUUGACCAGUGAGGGGACCAUUUCAGAAUAUAUUUGGGGGGAGGGGCUGCUGUCAUAGAAUCUGAGCAGCCUCCAUGCAGACAUAGUACUUCGGAUCCUAGUCAAUGUGUUUACAAAUAAGUCUUCUGAAAGAAUACUAUUAGAGCUAAGUUAUCCUUGUCCCAUAAGGUUACAAUAACUGACGCAGUAACCAUCUAGAAUGUUGUUUUAUGUUUGUAUUUGUCUUUGAUCUUUUUUCCGCCUUUAAUAAGAGAUAAAAUGAAUAGACUGGUCCUUUCCUGCUUUAUAAUUUUGUUUUGGGCGUGGAAUAUUAAAAAACGUUUUUCAUCUCUUAUGUAACUUAUUUUGAAAUGGGCUGCAGAUGGCACUAUUAUUCUAGCUACUCCCAAUGACUGUGUGUUUAUAUGGUGGAGGGUUAUGUGUGGAAUGUUGGGGGAAGCUGAAGAAGAAAAAAACAACAUUUGGUAUUUCUAUACUUGUAUGUACUUCUGGAAAGUGUUAAUUGUCCAUGAUGUUAACGUUGUUCUUGUGCUGUUACUGGUAUAAAGUCAAGUGCCUUCAAUGCUAAAGGCUCAGAAAUUUUCUUAAACCAACUUCAUGUCCUAUGCAAGUGUUUUUUCUACAACCUGCAUAACCAGUACUUUGUAAAACUUGUUUACGCUUCAAUUGUACAUAUUGGUUUUUAAAGAAAAUAUAGUAUUUUUAUUUAGGUACCUCUAGAAUUGAAUUCUAGUCUUGUGUGAUGCAUUGUAAAACAAUACAUUUCUCUUUUGAGUACCAUUACAAUUGUAAAAAGGUUUUCACUGGUUCUAUUUUUCUACUGUUGCUGAGAAGCAUGUUAACACUGACUUUAUCCUACAUAUAGUUGGUAUUUCAAAUAAAUGGCUUGUCUAGAAAAAUG